AAACAUGCCUGAACCCGCCAAGUCCGCGCCCAAGAAGGGCUCCAAGAAAGCCGUGACCAAGACCGCCGGGAAAGGCGGCAAGAAGAGGAGAAAGAGCAGGAAGGAGAGCUACGCCAUCUACGUGUACAAGGUGCUGAAGCAGGUCCACCCCGACACCGGCAUCUCCUCCAAGGCCAUGGGCAUCAUGAACUCGUUCGUCAACGACAUCUUUGAGCGCAUCGCCUCUGAAUCGUCUCGUCUGGCUCACUACAACAAACGCUCCACCAUCACCUCCAGGGAGAUCCAGACCGCCGUGCGCCUCCUGCUGCCCGGGGAGCUGGCCAAGCACGCCGUGUCCGAGGGAACCAAGGCCGUCACCAAGUACACCAGCUCCAAGUAGACCAACACCCAAUACAAACCAACGGCUCUUUUAAGAGCCACACACACAAUCUGUGGAGCAAAUUUUAUUUAUUAAUUUAAUAGUAUGAAAGAGAGAUCUAACUUUUAAUUUUAAGUUCUUAUUGAUAUGUUAAAGAACAAACCAACCUGUAAAUAACAGGUUAAAAAAAUUAAAUGGUCAUGUGAUUGUGGAGGAUUUGAUUAUGAAUGCACAUAGUGACUUUUAGGUAUAUGAUCAGUGUUGUGUGGAAUUUGCUGGUUUGGUAAUGUCACAACUUUGGACCUGUAGCAUCCAUGACUAAUUAACAAGAUUCAUUUAAGAAUAGACUGAUGUAAAGUUUUGUCUGUUAUGGUUUUACUGAAUAAAAAAUGUAAUUGUGAAACUAACCAAAUAAUCCUGGACCUUCCUAACCUAUGUCUGUGUACCUACAUCAUUGAUGAGAUAAUUGCCUUUUAAAAUUAUAAAGAGAAAAUGUAACAUUUGUAGAUUGUAGUUCACAAUUACAAGAUUAUCCUGUAUUGAACAGAUGUGACAUCACUGGUGUGGUGGUCCUGCAUCAGGUCUGGUCAUUUUAGCUCAACUUUUCUUUUAUCAGUUGCCAGCAUACAGUACCGUUGUUGUUACUCAGCGCUUUAAAAGCAACCUAGCUUUUUAUUCUUGGCAGUAUUUCAAAGGGUGACCAAGCUUAAAGUGAUGUAACUGAAAUGUCAUUCAUGGGAUCAAA